AUGAAAGAAGAAGAAAAAGAAGUGGAAGAGUUUCAAGAAGAAGAAGAAGAUGAGUUCACGUCGAGGAAGAGAGAUAGUUACGGAGGGAAGAAGGAGGAUAUCAAUUACGAUAAAGACACUGAGUUUGCUGAUAUUCUUGGAGAUUGUUUAGAUAAUCCAGAGAAAGCUCAAAAGAAGAUGGAGGAGAGGUUGAGGAAGAAGAGGAACAAGAUUCUUCAUACCAAGACUGGUUCUACUACUUCCAUGCAGAUCACUUUCAACAACCCUCCAUUUGAAGCUGAGAGUCAAAAAGAUACAUUCAAGAGAAUCGUUAAGAUCGAUCUGAGUUUUCCUGAUAACACCAAAUGUCUCUGCAGAAGCUAA